GUGUGAAUGGAAGUUGUUACACAAUAUGCUGCACAUAAUAUAAGCUUAUUCACAGAUUUUGUGUCGAUUUGGUCUUGAAGGAGCUUUGUGAUAAGAACAAAAUUACUGUCACUUGCGGCUCGGCUUUUUCCCAGAGCCAUGCCAAAGGUUAAACGUUUUAAGAAUCCACUAAAAUCAGCUCAUGCACCACAUGAUGCUCAUGGACAUCCUUCAUAAUCCACAAGUCCAGCUCAAUCAAAUGCUACAGGGCCCUCAACAUCAGUACAAUCACCCCCACAUGAUGCAUCAAAUCCCUCGCUAGCUGAUGAAGGCCAACAAUAAGAACAAGCUCCAGCUCAACCUUCUAAUUCAAGUGCAACAUCUAAACCUGAACCACAUUGGAGAGUAGAAACAAUUGGUAUAUGCCUUAUAUGUACUUUACUUUACUCGAAGAGUUCUUUAACUUAUUCCUCUUGUAUUGAGUAACUUGUUUUCUCAUUAAAGACUCAGAAAAGACGAUCAAGGUUAUUACGGUCAAGGUAUCCGAUGUCAACAACCUACCUUUAGGGGAACGUAUAAUUGUGGACUUCAAUGAAUAUGGCACAGCAGUUGGGGCAGUGCAAGCGUUGCUUGCUGGAUAUUGUGGAACGUUGGCAAUUGAUUGCAACUUGUUCCCAAUUAGUUUUGACAGCUGGUUAGGGCCAGCAGGUGUUCCUAAAAAGUUCAAAGAAGAGUGCUUUGACACAAUUUUAAAGCCUCGGUUUUAUUUUAAGACUACUGAAGCCAAUGCAUACAGACAUUGUAAUUCCAUCCUUGGGAAGAAGUGGGGAACACAUAGGAUAAGGACGUGGGAUGAAUUUAACGAUCCAGCCAAAAGUACCAAUGAACUUUUAAGUAACGUGCCAAGGGGUAUAACUAGAGAUCAGUGGGCUAGUUAUGUUGCUUAUCGUAAAAGACCAUCAACAAUUGUAAGAUUUUGGCUAUUUUACUAAGUUUUACUGUCAUUUUGAUUAAAUAUUAGAUUAAUUUUCUAAGUUGUAAUUGGUUUUGUUGAUAGGAGCUUUGUAAAAGAAAUAAAGAAAUCCGAAGCAAGCAAAAAAUCCCACACACGGGUGGUUCGAAAUCAAUAGCGAGAGUAUGCAUAUCAACUUACUUAUUUACUUUUUUUUAUCUAAUUUAAAUGUUUUAUUAUAAUUUAUUUAAUACUUUUCUUUAGUUUUUGGCAACCGGAGUAAAUCCUAGUCGGGGAAAAAUGUAUAUUGAAACACGUAAAAGGAAAGGUGGAUCAUAUGUAAAUGAAGAGGCAAGAAUUAUAGGGGAACAAAUUGAGUUGCAUAUGACUCAAUGCAACGAAUCUGAAGCUUCCCCUGAUGAUAUUAUUGGCAAGUUGUUUGGGCCAGAGCAUUCAGGGAGGGUACGAUGUUUGGGUAUGGGAGCAGCUCCUUCAAAUACAUUCAGAAAUACCAAACGACUUAGUAAUUUGAGUGUUUCAUCAUCUAACCCCGGUGCAUCAUCCUCAACUGAUAAUACCUAUUUGCACCAAAAGGUCUCUCGUUUGGAGUGCCAAUUAGAAGGAACUUUGAAUGCUUUGAAGACUAACAUGAUAUCAAAGGAAGGAAGUUUUCCUGAUGAAUUUGUUGGUUUGUUUGCUCCUCAGCCACAGCCGAGUAAUGCAGAGAGUGAGCCUACUUCACCUGUGGAUGUAAGAGGAUCAUCGGAUGGCAGCAAUGCGAAUGACCAAGAAAAUACUUAGUAUUUUUUAUGUUUAUUAUUGUGGAACCUCUUAUAUUUUGUGG